AUGUCACCGCUAUCAAUUGGACUGGCGCUAUUCUGCGUGGUAGCCUUUGCGUUCUUAAACUAUGUCUUCGGCUAUUGGAAGCGUCGAGGAGUGCGCCAGCUGACUCCAUUCUUUCCGUUUGGCAAUUUUACGGAAGUCUUCCUCGGUAAGGCCUCCUUCCCGAAGGGCUGCGAAAACAUCUACGAACGUAGCAAACAAUGGCGCCUGGUCGGUGGAUACAUCCUCUUGCGCCCGGUGCUAUUCGUCAACGAUCCCCAGCUGACCAAGGACAUCAUGGUUCGCGAUUUUCAGCACUUCCACGACCGUGGUCCACACGUGGACGAAGUGAACGAUCCACUGAGUGGACACUUGUUUUCUCUGGCCGGAGAAAAGUGGAAGCACUUACGAGCCAAGCUGACACCGACCUUUACCAGUGGCAAACUUAAGGGCAUGUUCCAGAUCCUGGUCGAUACGGGGGUUGUGCUGCAGGACUACAUCCAAAAGCACGCUGACAAUGAGGAUGUCGUUGAGAUCCGGGAGAUUUUGGCAUGCUACAAUACGGACAGUAUUGCUUCAGUGGCGUUCGGGAUUAAGAUUGAUUCGAUUAACAAUGUCAACGAACCGUUCCGUCAGAUCGGGCGUAAGGUAUUUGAGCCAAGCUUCCGCAACGGCAUGCGUUUUCUGAUAACGUUUAUGGUUCCGAAGCUGAACAAGUACUUGAAAAUUAAAUCCGUUGAUGACGAUGUGGAGCGGUUCAUCCUGGACGUAGUUCGGGAGACGUUAGAAUAUCGGGAAAAGAAUGGCGUCACUCGUAAGGACAUGAUGCAGCUGCUGCUACAGCUCCGUAAUACGGGAACCGUUUCGAUUGAUGAACGGUGGGAUGUUGAUACAACAAGUAAGUACAAGAACCUGUCGCUGGAGGAGGUCGCUGCGCAAGCGCAUGUAUUCUUCAUUGCCGGAUUCGAGACGUCUUCCACGACGAUGUCCUUCUGUCUGUACGAGCUGGCCAAGAAUCCCUCAAUUCAGCGCAAAGUUCAAGAAGAAGUCGAUUCUGUGAUGGAAUGUCACGGAGGUAAGUUGACCUACGAAGGCAUCAUGGAGAUGCGCUACUUGGAAUGUUGCAUCGAUGAAACCUUGCGGAAAUACCCAGCGGUGCCAGUGUUGAACCGAGAAUGCACCCAAGACUACAAGGUCCCGGACUCGGAUUUUGUAAUCGAAAAAGGAACGGCAGUAGUACUGCAGAUCGGUGGAAUGCAGCACGAUCCACAGUACUAUCCGGAUCCUAUGCGGUUCGAUCCGGAGCGCUUCCGGGACCCGGACGUGAAGAACAAACCGUACGCACCGUUCGGUGAUGGACCACGGAUCUGCAUCGGGAUGCGAAUGGGCAAGAUACAGACCAAGGUGGGACUGUCGCUGCUGCUGUCCAAGUUUAGCUUCGAGCUGUUUGGGCACGAAGAACCGGAGUUAAUCAUGGAUACGAAUAACUUCGUCCCUAUGCCAGUUAGUGGCAUAAAUUUGAAGGUUAGCGGUCGUGGGUGGUAG